AUGAUCUUUAAUUCUUUAUCACCAGUUUCUACCGGUUGCGUGCUGAAGGUUACAAGUCCAGGAUUCAUAAUUAAGUUUGAAAAUGAAGCUUUGCGUAAUAGCACUCAUAUUCGCCUUAAUUUUAGCCAUCUCUUCAGCGUCCAGAAUUAAUUAUUCCGGGAAUUUAGUGUUACGCGCUAUUCCCGAAACUCCUGAGCAAUUAGAAUUUUUGCGCGAUUGGGAAUCAACUAGUUCGAUCGAUUUCUGGAUCUUGCCUGCAGCAGUCAAGCAAUUUGCAGAUAUUCGCAUCAAUGCAGAAUCUUACGCUCACGUCACUCAGCUAUUGGCUGAGAGAAACAUCAGUCAUAAAAUCCUAAUUGCUGAUCUCGGUCAACUAGACAAAAAAGAACAACAGAACAUUGCCCUACGCCGUGCACUCUACAAUGGCAACAAAGCUAUUGAUGUUGAAAAUUAUCACACAUACGAAGAGGUGAUGGCUUACUUGACUGACCUAGCUAACACCAAUCCGAUAGUUUCACUCAAGACUGGAGGUACAAGUGAAGAGGGUCGCGAUAUUGUCCAAGCAAUUAUUAGCAGUGACCUUUCUGCCAAUAAACCCGUCCAUUUCUUCGACUGCAAUAUACAUGCCCGUGAGUGGAUUACCGGUGCCACUUGCAUUUGGAUUAUUGAUCAGAUUACAAGUGGAUACGGAUCCGAUCCUGAAAUUACUGCGCUCGUCGAUCAAUAUGAUUGGAAAUUCAUUCCUAUUGCCAAUCCAGAUGGAUACGCUUAUACCUGGAACACCGAUCGUAAUUGGAGAAAAACUCGCAUCGUUAACAACGGUUCCACGUGUAUUGGUGUAGAUGUCAAUCGCAACUUUCUAGCUGGGUUUGGCGGUACUGGAUCAUCAGGCGAUCCCUGUUCCAAUACUUUCCGAGGAAAUGUUGCAUUUUCCGAGAAAGAGUCUAGCGCACUCAGAGACCUUAUUGCCGCUGACCGCGGGAGAGUGAAAACAGCUGUGUCCAUGCACUCCUACUCUCAAAUGUUUUUGUCAGCUUAUGGUUACACCACUGAUUUGCCUCCAGAAUACCCCGAAAUGUUCCGUGCAAUGGAAAUCGCCGUCGGUGCGUUGACAGCUACUUACGGGACUAAGUACACGUACGGAAACACUGCAGUUACCAUUUAUAUUGCUUCUGGCGUGACCACUGAUCAUUAUUACGAAAAUGAAGGGAUCGUUCAUUCCUACACCAUUGAACUUCGUGACUCAGGAACCUAUGGCUUCCAGUUGCCCCCUGAUCAAAUUGUGCCGACGGCCAUCGAAACAUGGAACGGACUGAAAGCAAUGAUCAACGCAAUCUAAGUGAUGCACAGCUUCGCAAAUUAAGAAAUUAUCCACAUGCGAGAGAAUAUAUUUCGAUGUCGGUCUAAUGCGGCGGGAAUAAAAUGCUAUUUUUCGCUACUUUUGAAACCUAUUUUCAUGAAGAAAUAAAUACAAUAUUAUGUUAGAACAGCAA